UGUAUCAUCGUCACGUGUUAACGCGCAGAAUGGCUUUCAUUCGAUCUCCCUAUGAGAGCACCCCGGCUGGCACCCACUAGCGCGGUGAGGGGGAGUCGUCGACCUGCUAAAGUCCCUUUGCUCAACAUCUGAGCCCACCUGCAACCCCGACCACAAUCCAAAAACAACAAAACAAGCCACGCUUACCACACCGAUUUCCCUUGCGACCGUUUUAUUUUCCCUCCACUUUCUUAUAAAUUCAACUGUUCGUUAAACCGCUCUAUUUCUCAGACCACACAUCACCAAAGAUGGCGAACGAACGCGAAAGCAAGACUUUCCUCGCCCGCCUCUGCGAGCAGGCCGAGCGCUACGAUGAGAUGGUCACCUUUAUGAAGGAGGUUGCCAAGAUCGGCGGUGAGCUUACUGUUGACGAGCGGAACCUACUUUCGGUCGCCUACAAGAACGUCGUUGGCACCCGCCGUGCCAGCUGGCGCAUCAUUUCGUCGAUCGAGCAGAAGGAGGAGUCCAAGGGCACCGAUAAGCACGUGGGCACCAUCCGCGAUUACCGCCAGAAGAUCGAGACCGAGUUGGAGAAGGUCUGCCAGGAUGUUCUUGACGUCCUUGACGAUGCCUUGAUCCCCAACGCCGCCUCGGGCGAGUCGAAGGUCUUUUACCACAAGAUGUACGCCUGCCCCGCCUGCCCUGUCUACCAUCACCACUGGGCGUUCGCAUGUUUUUCUCAGUUUCUGACGUUGUUCGCUAUAGGAAGGGUGACUACCACCGUUACCCUCGCCGAGUUCGCCUCGGGCGAGAAGCGCAAGGUUGCCGCGACUGCUGCCCACGAGGCUUACAAGAGCGCCACCGAUGUCGCCCAGACCGAGCUGACCCCCACCCACCCCAUCCGUCUGGGACUGGCCCUCAACUUCUCCGUCUUCUACUACGAGAUUCUGAACUCCCCCGAUCGCGCCUGCCACCUGGCCAAGCAGGCCUUUGAUGACGCCAUUGCCGAGCUCGACUCUCUCUCCGAGGAGUCGUACCGCGACAGCACUCUCAUCAUGCAGCUGCUUCGCGACAACCUCACCCUCUGGACCUCGUCCGACAAUGGCGAGCCCGAGGGUGCUGCCGACGCCCCUAAGGAGAAGCCCGCCGAUGCCCCCAAGGAGGCCGACGGCCCGGCCGAUGAGCCCGCGCCCGCCGCCGAACAGCAGUAAGCGGCUUCGCUGCUUGCUUGCUUGAUCGUCUCGCUUUUUCCUCUGUCGCGCACCCUCUCUCUGUCUCCUGGGUCGGGGCUCCGCGUGUGGUUAAUCACCGCACGGGAAUCCCGCAUGGCUCGUCUUGGGAUCCGAGUUUAUGGUAGGGGAAUGGGUCUUUGUUGUCUGUGGACUGGGCUA